GAAAAACUGAGAAUGAAGAAGGCACUCUCACUUGCGGUUUUCAUUAUCUUCUCUAUCAUGCUUGCCUCUGUUAAAAAUAAGGUGAACGCAAAUAUAUGCACGGAAGGUCUAGGAAUUUGUAACCAAUGUGAUGAGAGGUGCAAGGCCAGACACGGGCCAACGGGUCGAGGUACGUGCGACCGAUAUAACCUAUGCACGUGCGAUUAUAUAUGUGGACCAGCACCACGUCCACCAGGUCCUCCUCCAACCAAACGCUGCUCUGGCGGGGCUGGCCUUUGCGGCACUAAAUGUGGGAAACCGUGUUGCAAUCAAAGUUGUGCACAAAAGUACCCUGGUGGAGUUGGAUCUUGUGACAGUCUCGCCCAUACUUUAUUGUGCAACUGUGAAUACCCUUGCUAGGUUAUUUUUUUCUUUUUUGAAUAAGUAAAGCCGAAUCGUAUUUUUU